GUUUACUGAAGAAGGCUGGUAUCUAUUUGCAGACAGCUCGAAUGGAGAAUUUGGUCACACAGCUGACAUUGCUACACCUGUCAUCUCCCUUACGGGGCCCAAAUGCAAAAUCGUGUUCUGGAACCACAUGAAUGGUUCAACCAUAGGUUCUCUGGAGGUACUCUGUAAAACCAAUAACAGGACUUCUAAACUGUGGACUCAAAGUGGCAACCAAGGUCCUCAGUGGAAGAGAGUGGAAGUGUUCUUAGGAGUUCGUUCAAAUUUUCAGGUUGUUUUCAGGGCAAAACGUGGUGUCAGUUACAUGGGAGAUGUGGCAGUGGAUGAUAUUACCUUUGAAGGUUGUUCACCCUUGCUCAUGCCAGGCAGACCUUGCACAUCAGAAGAAUUCACAUGUGCCAACAAGUACUGCAUCCCAAAGGAUAAGCUGUGUGAUUUUGUAAAUGAUUGUGCAGAUAACUCAGAUGAGAGCCCUGCUAUUUGCAGUAUAUCUAUUGGGCAUUGCAAUUUUGAGUUUGAUCUUUGUGGAUGGAAGCAAGAUGAAAAUGAUGAUUUUGACUGGAAUCUCAGAACUAGCAGUACUACUAAUAUGGGCACUGGCCCAGUUACUGAUCAUACACUGCAAGAGCCAUCUGGUCAUUAUUUUUUUAUAAAGAGUUCAUUUCUUCGUCUGCCAGGACAGAAAGCUAGGAUUUCUAGUCCUAUGCUAAGCAGAAGGAAUAAAAACUGCAAGAUACUUUUCUAUUACCAUAUGUAUGGAGCUCACGUUGGAUCAUUGAUUGUCUACCAGAGGACUAUGGGAACACAUGAAAAAAUUCUCCUUAAUCUUACUGGAAACCAGGGAAAUUUCUGGCAGCGCAAAGCACUAAACCUGGCUGGAGAUGGAGGUGAAGAUUUCCAAGUUGUCUUUGAAGGCAUAGCUGGAAAUGGUCCCAAAGAUGGCAUAGCACUUGAUGACCUCACUUUUUCCAAGGAGUGCUUACCAGCCCAGGAGUUCUUACCAGCAGAACCCACAAUACUGCCUCCAACGGGCUCCUGCUCACAUGGCUAUUGGCCAUGUCAGAAUGGCAAGUGUUACAGACCAGAACAAAGCUGUGAUUUUGAAGACAACUGUGGGGAUAAUACAGAUGAGAGUGAAUGCGGAACUUCCUGCACCUUUGAGAACGGCUGCUGUGGCUGGCAAAACUCCCUGGCAGACAACUUUAACUGGGUGCUAGGGGUCAGCUCACCUCAAAGUCUUAGACCUCCCAGGGACCACACGCUCGGAAACAGAACUGGACAAUUCCUGUAUCUUGAGGCCACUGCAAUAGGCCUAAAAAGUGGAAAAACCCAUGUGAAGAGUUCCAGGUGGAAAGAAUCAAGUGGAACUUGUGUGAUGAGCUUCUGGUACUUCAAGUCAUCAAAAGCAAUGGGACAUAUCCAAGUUCUAGUUAAGACUGAUGAUGAGAUUGUGAAAAUCUGGAGUGAAUCAGGAAAUCAUGGUGAUGAAUGGAACCAAGUCAAGUUGCAUUUGGGAAAAUUGAGGAAUUUUGAAGUUAUCUUUGAAGGCAUUCGUACCAGAGACCUGGGAGGAGGAGCAGCAAUAGAUGACAUAGAGUUCAACAACUGCUCCACAAUUGGAGAGAAUCCCAGGGAAUGCCCUGCCCUCACUGAUUUUAUCUGUGGGAAUGAGAACUGCAUAGAGUCUCACUUCAUCUGUGACUAUAAACCAGACUGUGAAGACCUAUCAGAUGAAGCUGACUGCAGCUACUAUGCAAGUAUUCCUGGAAGCUGUAAUUUUGAAACACAAGACCAAGAAUGGACCACUGCAUGUGGAUUAACACAAGACUCCAGUGAUGACUUUGACUGGAAUAUUAGCAACAGUGCUGUCGUGGGACAAACAGGUCCUGAUACUGACCAUACACCAGGUAAAGGACAGUAUUUUUUGUAUGUUAAUUCAUCUGCCCAGAAGGAAGGAAACAGAGCAAGGAUAAUUACCACCAAACUCUUCCCAGCUAGCCUCGGGGUCUGCAGGGUUCGGUUCUGGUUCUGGAUGUUUGCCUCUAGGCAAACAGGAGUCUUAAAGGUAUACACAACUGAAGAGCACGGAAUGGAUAUUCUUAUGUGGUCUUCUAGAAGAAAUGAAGAAAACAAAUGGAUGUAUGCAAAUGUCGUCCUCUCCAGUUACAGCCCUUUCAGAGUUGUCUUCGAAGCUGAAGUGGGGUGGAGUGAACCCACAGAAUUUGCUGUUGAUGAUAUUUCUUUCACCCCAGAAUGCGUUGAUGGAGUAUCACCUGAUCCACACCCUCCAACUUGCCAUAGUGACCAGUUCACAUGUGCGUAUGUGCAGCAGUGUUUGCCCCUUGCUGCAAGAUGCAAUGGGGCUGAAGAUUGCAUGGAUGGAAGUGACGAAAUGAACUGCCCCACGAUGAUGCCUACCACCAUGUUUCCUGGUUCCUGCAAGCAAACAGAGUUCCUAUGUCCUUCCAAAGGCUGUAUCCCAUCCCUCCUGAAAUGUGAUGGUGUGCCUGACUGCCACCUUCAUGAAGAUGAAGUUGGCUGCCCCAUUAAAGAUUGUUUCAAUGGUUCUUUGUUAUGUGCGUCAACUAAUCAAUGUAUCACAAUCUCCCAGCGUUGUGAUGGCGUUACUGACUGCAUUGAUUUCAACCUUGACGAGUCCAGCUGUUCAGUUUGUCCUGAAGAAUACUGCAAAAAUGGAGGAACAUGCAUCAUCAAAGAUGACAUUCCAUUAUGCCAGUAA